AUGCAUGUAUUUUGUGAUGCAUGCCCCACCACUGCUGCCGGUUGUUGUGUCUUCUUUGCUCAGAAUGAGAAGGUCAGACUUAUUGGCUCCAAAGUCAAACUUUCGUCAUCUAAACAUGCACGAACAGUUCCCCAGUGGGAAUUAAUUGCCAUGGUAGUGGGUGCUCGCCUUAAUGCAGCCAUAAGAGAAAUUUUCAGCAAGGAUUUCCCAUCCAUCUCAUCCCACUAUUGGACUGACUCCACCAUCUGUCUCCAUUGGCUGUUCAGUAUCAAACAACUGUCAGUCUUCAUUCGCAAUCGGACAACAGAGAUCUUGAAGCUUACUGACCUAUCCAGCUGGUCCCAUGUCAGUUCAGCAAACAACCCUGCAGACAUACUCUCCCGCGGAUGCAGUGCGGAUGAGCUACAAUCACCAUUAUGGCAAAGAGGUCCUACAUGGUUAACAGACCGUACGCUCUGGCCAAGAUGGAGUCCUCACAGCUUUGCAGAAGACGAUGUUGUCUCAGCCACAGCUGUAGACAGUUAUGUUCAUGGUAAACAGUCUAACACAGACAGUCUCCAAGACUUGAUUGACAUCUCACGCUUCCAGUCCUAUGAAAGCAUGCUUCGCUCAAUGUCCUAUGUCUUGAGAUUCAUUUCCAACCUGAAGUAUGCCUCUGAUAAGUCACGUAGGUCACGCCAGUGCCCGUCAGCUAUUGAUUUGGUAGUUCUAGUUCCCACAGCUGCUGAAAUAUCCCAGUCGGAAGUGGUAAUUCUUCGUGCCCACCAGCUCCAGCAUUUCAAGCCAGAACGGGACUAUCUUUGCACAAAGCAGUCACGACCCACUCGUCAGCACUUCAAACCCAGACCUCCGUUGGUUCGUCAACUUAAUCUGAAGCUCAACACAAAUGGCCUUCUAGUUGCCCCCAGCAGACUCGAGCAUGCAAUGCUCAAACAAGACACAAGAGAACCAAUUCUCGUCGCUAAAAAGUCUUAUUUCACAACUCUGCUUGUUCGUUCAGUUCACGAGAGACAGCUUCACGCUGGAGUAAGAGACACUGUUGUAGCACUGC